AUGCGCCCAUACCACUCUGGUUCCCCCCGACCGUUUGACCACCUCUGGCGAUCGCUGAUGCUGCAGGGCCCUCCGCUAACGUAUCUGUUGCACCAGUAUUUUAGCAGUUUAGAACGUCUCCGACUAGCUCGAGAUGCCAACAAUGCCAGCAGUCUAUCACCUCGUCCUUCUCGCUUGUCGAUCCUCCCGUCCAAGGCAUUCGGGCCUGCUACAAAACCUUCCCGCAGCGCCUUCCUCGAUUUCCUUAUCCUGACCGACACGCUGGUGCCGCCGGGCUUGCUGUUAAACGGAAACAAGUUACGCAAGAAAAGGUUGUCGUCCACGAGGUCGAGGAACCACGUCAGCCAGCCAACCUUUUUUUGGUUCUCCUCGCUUCCACCUGCGGUCCAGCGACGAUUGUUCUCGCCAGAAGAGUGCUCUUUCUACAAACGAGAGACGACCACCUUCAUCCUCGACGCCGCCGACGAAACCCUCCGCCGGCGCAGUUCCCAUCCUCCCCGCCUCUCCACCUCCCAACGUCGGGCUUCUGACGAAGACACAAUCGUGGUCGACGAAGAUUCCAAAUGCGAAGAGAAAGUAGAUUCCGCGGUCGACAUGGGUGAAUACUCGACAGAAGGCUUCCGGUGGCUGGAAGACGAACCAGACCUCGACCUGAAAAUCGACGACUAUCAUUCCGCCAUCGCCGAGACAAACCGACGUACCGCCUCGAUAUCAGAGCCAGUGAAGCGCACCACUCUUAAAAAGCGCACUACAUCAUUAUCAAGUCUUUCAAUACGCCGUGGCCGAGCGUCGACAUCUUCUGCCCGGCCCAUCUUCGACUCAACCUUCGAUACGCCUGCCCUUCCUUCCAAAGCCUCAAGUAUCAAGUCCUCGUCAUUUUCUCUCCGGCACCUCCGAUCUCAGAAAUCACUAUCCUCGCUUGAUCCUCGAGCUACCCACUACCGGGAUCCUGCGGCACGCAUGAAGCUCAGACUCUACCUCGCCUCUCCGCAGAAAUUUGACGAGGCCAUAGAGUUCGGGUUCCCCUCGGUCGAGGACAGAAGCGGCUGGGAUCGGGUGAGACCAAUGACAAGCCCUCACCCCAGACACGAGCCAAAUCGGACUUUCUUUCAUGACGACACGCCGUCACUGUCGGGGGACGACAGCGAUAACGAGGAUGACCAUCAUGACACCAUGUUUGACCCAAGGACUCCAGAGGAAGCUGUCUUCUAUAUGCACCGGCCUCAUCCUCCACCCUCUUCCAAGCUCAGUAUCGACGGAGAUGGCGGCGUCAGCCUGCGAAGACCGUCCUUCAUGCGGAGACGGCCAGAGGCAUACGCUCGUGGAUCCACUACGGACAGAGAAAUGACACUGCGCAUGACAUUGACGAGACCAGACUUGCGGUCUCCUGAUGAAGAGUAUCGGAACAAAAUCAAUGCCAUACCGCUGGAACGACCUGAACUCGCGGCACAACCUAGCCCCGUAUCCAUCUGGGACACUUUACCGCCUGCGGAAUCGAAGAUGAAGAGAUUCUUCAGGAGACUGAGACUGAGAUGA